AUGCUCCGCCCCGUUAUCACCCGCCAAGGAACUCGGUUCUACCAGUCUCUGAGAAAGUCAUUUUCUUCUGGAAGCUCUGACAAAACCCCCAUUAAACAUGUUAUUAUCACCGGAGCUUCUGGUGGAAUUGGCAGAGCCAUUGCAUCACGAUUUGCAUCAGAGGGCGCAAAAUGUACUUUAAUUGGGCGAACGGAGUCGAAACUCCAAGCAUCCCUCAGAGAGCUCUCAGCUCUGAGAGAUCACCGGAUUGUGGUUGGAGAUGUGGGGAAAGAGGCAUUUUGGAAGGACCUCGCGAAGAAAAUGGCAAGUUUUACAAGAGCUCUAGCCGCAGAAUCAGGGCCAUCAGGCAUCCGCGUGAAUGCCGUAGUGCCCGGAUACAUAGAAACCGAGAUGACAUCAGGCAUGGAGCCUGCCCUUUUUGAGUCCACCAAUAACGCCAUACCCCUGCAACGUUUCGGUACCGCCGAAGAGGUUGCUGAUGCCGCGUUCUUCCUAGCCGCUAACCAGUAUGCCAAUAACUGCACCCUCAACCUUGAUGGAGGUCUGAGUGCGGUAUGA